CAAUUUGGUGCUUUCAUUGAGCAUCAAUGGCUGACACUGUUAUGGACUGCAUCAAAGCGGCCAUCGUGGAACUCAUCUCUAGUCAACUCAAAUUCACCGCUGCCGUAGACACCAUGGCCACCAAACUGGACGACCUUCUUCAGCAGCUGGCCCUUCACAAUGCCACUCAACACUUCCCAUCUUCUUCCUCCGAGCAGUCACCACCACCGCUGCCGCUUUCCAUGCCGACUUCGCCUCCAUGCUCCACACCCAUGCAACCAAGUGCCUCAUCAUUACCGGCCCCGCUUCCCAUGCCAAUUGCGCCUCCAUGUCUUGCACCCGUGCAACCAUUACCUGCACCUUGCCGGCUCCGCUUCCUACGCCUGCUCCUCAUCUUCCCAAUCUCAGUCAUUCACGCCGCCAUUUCCUUCGACAACCUCUUCAGCACUAUUCUUCGUUGUGGCCAUGCAACAGCUCCUCAUGACAAGCCUUGGGAAAAUAGAGACAUGGCGCUGUUUGGAACUAAGUCCUAUGGGACUGCCAUGGUCGCACACAAGUGCCAACCAACUGCCUUUGCACUAUGGACAGCUACUAAACCAGGUGCAUUUCGCCGGAACAGACCUUGGGAUCCCGGUAUUACUUUUGGAAGCCAUGGUUUGAAGCCCCAACACCUUGAGGAUAAGGUGUUUUUGAUGGGUCUGGAAUGUUAGGAGGGAGAAAACAAACCAGCAAAAGCACCAUUGAGGGGCACAAACCAACAAACCAAAAGCAGAAUCAUUGUUAGAGGGUGCUGAGCUGUCAGGAGGAGAUUGGUUCGUAGGGAAUAUGCUGUCGGCAUGUUACUUCCCAUUGUGCAGCACUGCAUUGUCGCCAUUUCCAUUUUUCUGUUAUUUUCUUUUUCGCAUUCUAGCACCUUUUGUUUCCUUAGCAGCACCCUUGGCUAGUGCCUCUAUAUAAGGGAUGCUUAGUAUGUAAUAGAAAACACAAAAAAUAAUAGAAUCCUUUUCCUCUCUUCAUCCUUUCUUUGGGAGAUCCCUAGUCCUUGAAUUCUAGGAUUAUCCUUGCUGUUCAUAAUAGAUUCAUUCAACUUAUUUCUAUUCAACUGUCACAUAUUAAGCAAUCAUGUUUUGAAGCUUGAACAUAUAUGUUGACAACAAUCUUGAACAUACUGAAAAAUAUGCUAGGGCAUUUUUCAUACAAAUUUUCAUUCUAACAUUAACUAAUGUGCCUUGAUGACUUGUUGGUCAUGGGUUCGAAUCCGGAAACAGCCUCUUUGCAUAUGCAAGGGUAAGGCUG